AUCGGUUGCGAAAGUGACCCAGUGCACCACAGUUCCAGCUGCUCCAGAAGUGUUUGCUGUAAAAGAGAUCUGCUAAUCCAAUAUCCAAGCUACAGCCUCGCGACUCGUGUAGUGAAGGCCGCAGCCUGAAUGUUGUGACGUUACGUAAGAGUAACCAAAGCAGGCAUAGUAUAGUGCGUGACGUGGACCCUGCACAAUGGUGAAAAUAUUCAUAGGGAACUUGUCCCCAGACACCACAUCAGAUGAACUUCGCUCUCUCUUCUCUCAGUAUGGCAAGAUUGCAGAAUGCUCAAUUGUCAAGAACUUUGGCUUUGUGCACAUGGAUGACAAAACAGAGGCAGAGGAAGCCAUCCGCAAUCUCCACCAGUAUGAGCUGAAUGGCCAGCCUAUGAACGUGGAAUUAAGUCGUGGCAAGUCAAGGGGAUCCACCAAACUGCACGUUGGCAACAUUGCCUGUACCAACCAGGAGCUGAGGGCCAAGUUUGAAGAGUUUGGCGCUGUGUUGGAGUGUGACAUAGUAAAAAACUAUGCUUUUGUUCACAUGGAGAGAAUGGAGGAUGCCAUGGAAGCCAUUAAUCAGUUAGACAACACAGCUUUUAAAGGCAAACUGAUGAGCGUGAAGCUUUCGACUAGCCGCCUGCGUACUGCGCCGGGAAUGGGAGACAGAUCGGGUUGUUAUCGUUGCGGGCAGGAAGGCCACUGGUCCAAAGAAUGCCCUCUUGACCAAAAUGGCUACCACGGUUCAGAGCCAAAGUCUGAUGGAUACGAUGCCUCGAGAUUUGGCGGGCGGGGUCGCAGCAGGGGUUAUCAUCCGGACUUCAGUGGCGAACCAGAUUACGGUGGCAGCUAUGCUCCUGUGCACGGUUUUUCCCGAGGUUCCGGUCACAGCAGCAACAUGGCAGGGUACAGAAGAGGUGCAGGCUAUGAGGGUGCAAUGAGGUAUGGGCCACACCCGGGGUAUGGUGUAAAUGCUGCUGCAGAACAUAGCAUGGCUCAGAUGUAUGGCGGCGAGGCAGCAUACAGGGGCAACGGCUCACUCUAUGGCGCGUUCCCAGCCUACCCGGUGCGACGGUCGCCUUAUGAGGAAAGAGAUCCGUACGGGGUUGUGGACUACUACGAGAAGUACAGGGCCAAUACUUACGGAGGCAGUUAUUUCGAGGAACGCCGCGCUGUCCCCUUGCCUGCUCCAGCAGCGUCCUCCUCCACGGCUAUAAUGAGAGAGCGUCUGCCUCCCUCUAAUGUCAACCCAUACGAGCGCCCUCCCCUCCCUCCUCCACCAGCCCCAGUCUCUUCAUACUACGCACGUGACCGGAGUCCGAUUCGGAGAGUUGCUGCCGAAGCAGAUGGAUAUACAUAUGAGCGUUCGCGCCUUUCUCCGGUGACCGCCCUCCCAAGAAGUUCUACCUAUGAAAAUCCGCGGGAUCCCGGCGCGGAGCGGGCACGGUAUACAUACUAGUGCUUGUCCCAUGCAGUCAGGGCAGAGCUGAUUUACAGUAAGCAGGUAGGCUAGCCGAAGUGCCAUGUAAACGUCACACAGUGAAUCUCAUUGCUGUUGUUUGAAGCUAAAGUCAGCGCUCUGUAUGUGGGUGGGUGGGCACAGUAAGCAGAACAUUUAAGUCUAAAUGGUUGGAUACAUUCACAAUAUGCUUUGAUCUUCUUCCAGGUCCUAAUUCACACUCCAGUCCAAACAGUGGCUCAGUUUCCCAUCUCUCAUUGUCUUGUAACACGCUGUGGUAUAGCUGCAGUUAGCA